AUGAAAUCAUAACUUUUAUUUGGGUCCUGGAUUUAAAGAGGAAAUGCUAUGCCUAUAAGAUUUCUUUUAGAAUAUACCUAAACCAAUUAUAAUGAAAAAAUAUAUUAUUCAGAAAAUGAGAGUGAGUGGUUUUAAAAAGAUUAAAAAUAAUUCAAACAAUUUGCAAAUUUGCCCUACAUUAUAGAUGGAGAUUUAAAAUUAACAGAUGUACAAACUAUUAUGAGAUAUAUAGCAAAACGUAAUUCUAAUUAUAUCUAAUUGCUUGGUUAAGGACAUGGAAACGAUGAAGACAGAAUUAACUAGAUUAAUCUUGUAAUAUCUGAAAUAGGACUUUAUGUUAAAGAACAAUUUUUUAAUCCAAAGGUUCAUGAAGAAAAAAGAGAUUUUCUAAACAGAUGCUAAAAAAAAUUUGGAAGUUUUGUUAACAUAAGAGGUAAAAAUAAAUUUAUUUUUCCUUAUGUAACCACAGCUGAUUUUAAUUUAGUUGAGCUUCUUUUGCAUUAUAAAUGUUUAGACAAUGAACUUUUUGAAAAAAAUCUUCCCAGUUUAAAUGAAUAUAUAUAGCAUUUUUACAAUUUACCGGCAAUUAAAGAUUACACAAUAACAGAAAGAUAUUAGAUGCAUACUGAAUUCUUUCCAUAGAAUAAAGCUAUUAUUUCGGGAAAAGAUUUUAUAACUAAAUUUAAUUCUUAAUUUAAAAAAUGA